AGCGGAAGUGGAGGAGUGUCUGCGGCAGCCCCGGCAUUGACCCCCGGAAACGGAAGUAGCGGAGUUUCCAUGGCGGCGGCUGCGGUGGCUGAGGCUCCGGUACUAUGGCGGCGGCUGCUCGCUUAUUUGCCCCGGGGGAGGCCCGCCUUGGCCGCGCUGUUUGCCCGCUUCUCGGACCGCCUGACCCGAGGCCGCGAACGCCGGGCGCGCCGGUCAUCGUGGCUGUUAUUGGCUCCACUGCUGUCUCCUACUGUUCCUCAGCUAACAGCCCCACCUUGUUGCCUCUGUCCUGAGGGAUUCCAUAGGUUUCAGUGGAUAAAGAACUUGGUCCCUGAGUUUGGAAUUGCCAGCUCUCACGUCAAGGUGCUUUCAUCCCCGACAGAAUUCUACGAGCUUAUGAAGGAACAGAUAAAGAUGGCCAAGAAACGAGUAACUUUGGCUUCGCUGUACCUCGGAACAGGACCUCUGGAACAGGAGCUAGUGGAUUGCCUUGAAGCUGCUUUGGAGAGGUCCUUACAGGAAAGUGGACCUUCCAGCCUUAGAGUGUCCAUUCUGCUAGACUUCACAAGGGGAUCUCGGGGCCGGAAGAACUCUCGGACCAUGCUCCUUCCAGUUUUGAGGAGAUUUCCAGAGCAGGUCCGUGUCUCUCUGUUCCACACUCCUAAUCUGCGUGGUCUUCUCAGGCUCCUAAUCCCUGAGCGUUUCAAUGAGACCAUCGGGCUGCAGCAUAUCAAGGUCUAUCUCUUUGAUGAUAAUGUGAUCUUGAGCGGGGCCAAUUUGAGUGACUCCUAUUUCACCAAUCGUCAGGACCGCUAUGUGUUCCUGCAAGACUCGCCUGAGAUUGCAGACUUCUUCACUGAGCUAGUAGAUGCAGUUGGAGAUGUGUCCCUACAGUUGCAGCAAGAUGAUACGGUCAAAGUGAUGGAUGGGAUGGUGCAUCCUUACCAAGGAGACAAGAUGGCCUAUUGUGAAGCAGCAAACAGGAGAGUGAUGGAAGUGAUCAACGCUGCAAGGACCCGUCAAGAACUGUUCCACACUCAGAAUUUCCACUGCAAUCAGCCGGAAGGAGAAAUUCCAUUGUCCAAAGAUCCAAAGACAGUUGGUGACCGGCCUCCUGAGCCAGACACAUGGAUUUAUCCUCUAAUACAGAUGAAACCUUUUGGGAUUCAGAUAGAUGAGAUUGUCACAGAGACCCUCCUGAUGGAAGCGGAGCGAGGCGCUAGUGUAUUUCUCACCACAGGCUACUUCAAUCUCACACAAGCCUAUAUGGACUUGAUUCUAGGCACCAGGGCAAAAUACCAGAUCCUCCUAGCCUCACCAGAGGUGAAUGGGUUCUUUGGGGCCAAGGGGGUGGCAGGUGCCAUCCCUGCUGCCUAUGUGUACAUUGAGCAGCAGUUCUUCAGUGAGGUGUGCUAUCUGGGUCAGCAAGAGAGAAUCCGGCUGCAGGAAUACUCUCGGAGUGGAUGGACGUUCCAUGCUAAAGGCCUCUGGCUGUACCUGGCAGGAAGCAGUCUACCCUGCUUAACUCUGAUUGGCUCUCCUAAUUUUGGAUACAGGUCAGUUCAUCGAGACCUGGAAGCACAGGUUGCAAUUGUGACAGAAAACAAAGCUCUGCAGCAGCAGUUCCGUCAGGAGCAGGAGCAGCUUUAUCUGCGUUCUGGUUCAGUGUCUGCCUCAACCUUUCAGCAGCCCAGUCGCUAUGUCAAGCUGUGGGUGAAGAUGGUGACACCUCUGAUUAAGAACUUUUUCUGAAAAAAAAGAGAGGCUGGUC